AUGUUGGAAGUUAUUGUCCAUCUCAAGGGUGGCAAAAUAUGUUCAAUAGUCAAGAAUUUCUGUCACCGCAAAGGCGAUAGAGCCUUCUCAGGGGUUGCAAAAGGUUAUCGUUUUCAUGGUUACGAAAAACAACUUCGUGCCACGAAGGCCGGAUGGGAUACUGAAAGUGAAGCAUCUUCGAGCACGCCAAAUACGAAGGAAGGAUCAGGCUCCCGCACAAGUGCAGCCGUAGAAUUAGUCAGAUAA